AAGAGUUCAAUUAUGCCUACCUACAAACUGUCCUAUUUUGACGUUCGUGCCUACGCUGAGCCAGCUCGAAUCCUCUUUCAUCUGGCGGGAGUUCCAUUUGAUGAUCAUCGUUUUCCACAUGGAGAUGGUACAUGGGAAAAGCUUAAAGACAAAACUCCAUUUGGCCAAGUUCCAGUUCUAUAUGUGGAUGGAUUUGAAAUUCCACAAUCUGCUGCAAUUAUUCGCUACCUUGCCAAUAAAUUUGGAUACGCUGGAAAAACUCCAGAGGAGCAGGCUUGGGCAGAUGCUAUUGUGGACCAAUUCAAAGAUUUCAUGAGCCUAUUUAGAGAGUUUAAACUUGCACAAAAGGCUGGAAAAUCGGAUGUGGAAAUUGCCAAAGUUGCCUCAGAAGUUGCAAUUCCUGCUAGAGAUUCGUAUUUUGAAAUCAUCACAAACCUCCUUGAAAAGAGCAAGUCAGGAUUUCUCGUUGGAGAUGGGCUCACAUUUGCUGAUAUUGUCGUGGUGGAAAGUCUUACCAACCUGGAGAAAGUUCAUUUUUUCGAUGCAUCGGAGCACCCGAAAUUGGCAGCUCUCAGGGAGAAGAUCUACGCAAUUCCGGCAAUCAAAAGCUGGGUGGAUAUUCGACCAGAUACUAUUUAUUAAUUUAGUUUCUGGAUUUCUUUUGUGAAUAAAUUGAAAUAAAUUCAGAAAUAUUCAU